AGGGCGCAAAAGGUGAGAAAGGUUUGCAGGGAAAUACACCUGAUCAGCCUGGUCCUCCUGGCCGACGUGGUUCAGCUGGAAUGAAGGGCGAGCCAGGUCCUGCAGGAGAGAAAGGAAUGCAACACCGCGCCCCUCGUUGCUUGCCUUCCUUCGCUCGAUUCGGCACUCUUCCAGUCUGUGUUGAAAUCGCCCGAUAAAAACCUCUAAAUUCAAGAUGAGUUGGGACAGCUACAUUGAUAACCUUCUUGCCCAGGCAAAGGAUGCCACUGGCAACUGCCAUGCCGACAAAGCUUGUAUUAUUGGCCUAGAUGGUGGUGCUCCUUGGACGAGUGCCGGACAUGCAUGUGCAGUCAAGUUGCAACCCGAGGAAUGUACAAAAAUCGCAAACUGUUUUAAAAAUAAAGACUUCACUUCUUUUAUGUCCAGUGGUAUACACGCUGAAGGCGAAAAGUACCAGUUCUUAAGAGAAGAAGAUGGUAAACUGGUACUAGGAAAGAAAAAGGAUCACGGGGCCAUCACAAUACAGGCGAGUAAGACAGCCCUCGUGAUCGGUCACACUAAGGAAGGGGGUCAACAGGGCAACACAAACAAGGCUGUCGCUGUCAUCGCUGAAUACCUAGAGUCGUUAGGCAUGUAGGCAAUAGUUUUGCAUAAUUUCCUCUUGUGAGAUGUAUCAGUUAUGUUCACUUUAUAAGCAUUAUUUGACCCUGUAACAAAAUCUGGUAGCAAUUUGACUUUGAAAGCAAGAUGUAAUGCACUGGUAAGAAAUUGCAAUCUCGACUUGAAACACCUGUAUACAUAUUUCGCUGUUUUUGAUAUUCGGUGAAACUGGUGUAGCGGUAGCGAAUUUAUGAACGUUAUGUUAAUGUAAAACUUAAGUAGAUGCCCAAUAAAACCUUGAUAUUUUCU